CGGAAAGAAAGUUGAUAACAAGUUGGUUCAUGUAAACAAAUAUAGACCGCAUAAGAGAACGCAACAAGAUUUUAUUCGGGAGUAAAUUGUAGCUUGGUCGUUGUUAUCAGAGGACUUCGUUCUGUUUUCCUUGAUGGACUUGACUACACUCGCCAGCAUCGACGAUGAUCUCGAUUCGUCUGAAGUGGCUGCCCUUUGCUUCCUGUGCCGGGAUGUACUCAGUAAGAAAGGUCUUAAGAAGGUAAAAGAUGGGAAGGACCUGUUCAAACAGCUGGAUGAGAAAGAUCUCCUCAGCAACAGCUGUUUUCUCUACCAACUGCUCCGUAUCAUCAAAAGAGAAGACCUGCUCAGUCGAUUGCAGGGGGAUGUUACUCAGACCGACUCAAUUCCAAUUGUAACAGAUUACAGGGAGAUGCUGUACAACCUAUACGAGGAUGUAAUUGAGAAGAAUUUAAAGAAAAUGAAGUACCUACUCGGCGACAAAGGAGUGGGCCGGGGGCAAAUUGAGCUUUGCACUACGGCGCUGGAUGUGUUUUCUCUCAUGGAGGACAGCGGCCUGCUGUCUAGGCAACGGCUGGACCAGCUUCAGGAAAUACUAAAGGAGUGUGAUUCACAGCUCGUCAAUACAGUGCAGAAAUACAUCAACGCAGGUGGGUAUGCAUCGCAAACGCCAAGCAUUGGGGAGCCAAUCGGUCCCCAGGAUAGCCCUUCUUUCAGCAUGGGAAACCCGAGAGAGGCACCUCCAGCCGUCAGUCCCUCUGUGCCUUGUAUGACACGCUACAGCGACCCCGGCGCAGCGCAGAGUCUCGUCUCCGACUCCGACUUCAUUGUAGCAGCGUCCUCUGUUCUGCACCCGGUAACCACGGCAACAUGCCAGGACUUCUACACAUUGAGGAAUAACCCUCGGGGGACCUGUCUGGUCAUCAACAACGAGCACUUCACCGGAGGUGAUUUGCGAAACCGACGAGGGACCCUGGUGGACGAGGAGUCCCUGCAACAGGUGUUUGGGAAGCUGGGCUUCCAGGUUGUGGUGCACAGCGACCUCACUGCAGACGCCAUACGCAGGGUGCUGGAAGACCUCGGGAAAAUGAGUUUUUAUAAGGCGGAUGUCCUGGUGGUGUGCGUGCUGUCCCACGGGGAGAAUGAGUGCGUGUUCGGGACGGACGGGAAGAAAGUUUCCCUGAGGGAUCUGCGGAUGCCCUUCACCAGUGCCAGGGCCCCCACGCUGGCCGGAAAGCCCAAGCUGUUCUUCAUACAGGCCUGCCAGGGUAGUACCUACCAGAAGGGGGUGCUGCCGUGUCCGCCCAGGCCCCAGGAUGAGGAGGCCCGCAGGACGAGCAUGAGCCUGGAAGAAGACGCGGGGCCCCUGCCGGCGGAGCUGGUGGCCGAGGAGGCGGACUUCCUGAUGGGCAUGGCGACAGUGGAGGAGUGCAUCUCGUUCCGGCACAUUUCCAAGGGGUCCAUCUACAUCCAGGAGCUGUGCAAGCAGUUGCUGGUGUCGGCCAAGCGUAAAGACGACCUCCUCACUACGCUCACGCGAGUCAACCGGGAGGUCAGCAAAGGAGACUAUCUCCGUCACAAACAGAUGCCCCAGCCCAAGUACACCCUAACCAAGAAGCUGGUCCUCACGGAGAUGGAGACGGAGAGGGAGAUGGAGAUGCUCAAGAACUAAACGACCACUGGGACUUUUUUUUUUAAACAUGACGCCAAAUGCAGAGUGUGCCACACACAAAGCCUUCCGUUUGUUAGAGUCUAUAAGUCAUAUGCAGUAAGGUUGAACCCCCAUGGAUAACCACAAGAAGCACUUGGAGGAUUCAGCACAUACAACCGAAACAUCAUUCUUGUUCAUCUCUUGAUUUGGAAUGUUCUCUCAAAUUCAUUCUUAAAGUAUUUUUACUUUAAGAAUGUAUUUUAUUUAUAUAUCUAUCUAUAGAUGGAUCUAUCGAUCAAAAGAAUGUCAUUUAUAUGUUGUUAAAGAUCUAUUUGGUUAAUGAGUGCCAACAUUUGAUUUACAGAGAGGGGGAUGGAUAAGGAUAUCUAAGAAUGUAUUUGACCUUUGGAUUGCAAUGUUUACUUAAAAUGAUGAAAUGCUGAAUAACUAAAUGUAAACUAUUCUUUGUCACUAUAACAGUGGAUUAAAUAUGUAAACCUUU